AAUAAAAUUAUGGCUAACGUUAUAAUAUUGUAUUUGACAAUAAUUUUAUUGACAACAACACCGAUACUGUGUCGGGAUAUACAACAACAAGCCUAUGAUGACGACGACGACGUCGACAAUCGGGAACUGGACACCAAUGGCGGCGGUGCCGGCAAUGCUCUCCAUCAGGCAAUGGCCGUUCUGGAUAUGGUUACCAGAUUUCAAGAGUUCAAAGGUCGAGCCCUGACAGCCAUACCCGAUCCGGUACAGGCAUUGGCCGAACUCAGUCUAUUCGGUGCCAUUAAGUUGGGUGUUGUACUGCUAUCCGGAUUAGUACUGUUGGGCGCUAUGUUUCCGACAGUAAUGGCUGCCUAUGGCCUGUCGUUACCACUAUUGAUCCGAUCGCUUAACAACGGUAUGGACGAUAUGAAACAUAUGGACUACGAAACAGUUGCCCUAUCGAUGCGAUCGCUACCCGAAAAGGCCUUCCAGGCACUGGACAUCCAGGAAGAGGACUGCCGAAGUCGUGCCGUAUGCGAGAUCGGCCAAUACGGUGCCCAACUGUUCCCGACGGCGGCCAGCUAUGCCCGUGCUUUCGGUACCCGUUUGCCGUUUAGUCAAAAAUAUUUGAUGGCCAUUGUCAAAGGUUUGACCACAAAAACCGAUUGCUCGGUAACCUUUCGCAAGUGCCAGGAAUCGCCAUUCAAAAAGCUGUCCUAUUUGUCUACUUAUAAUAUAUUUUAA